CGCGUCGCCCGGUCAGCAUUACCCGUGAGACAUACCGAGCCACCCGCGAGCGUGUGAUGGAUGUGUGAUGAUGGAGGAGUCGAUGUCCGGGAACAGUUCGGAGGACGACAUCAGUGUAGGACGGCCGUCGCCGGCGCCCUCGAGGUCGCCCUCGCCGCAGGACUAUUUCAGACCGCUCAAGAGACUGAAGAUGGCCCCCGAGCCGGUGGAGGAGCGACGAGGGGAAGGCGUCAAGAGCUUCUCCAUACUGGACAUACUGUCUCACAGUCCGAGAACACCUCCUCGAAUAGUCCGGCCGUGGGAUGCUUCGGGCUUCGAGAGAUUGCAGCGGCUGCAGCGCUUGGCCGGAGCUGCUCUAUUAGACGGUGAACGGUGGAGGUUAGCAGCGUUGGGCCUGCUGCGGCCGAGGGACAUGCAAGCGGAAUGCUGCGACUCAGCCUCCGAGAGGUCCUCCUCAGCAUCAGACUGCUGCUCCGAGCCCAGGCGACCUCAAGCAUCGAACGCCCCUCACACGCCUCUAGACGCGCUCUUCCACAUGACCAGCAAAACCUUCGAGGCCAACAACGCUGAUAAUGGAGACGGACAAUCGAAUCACCUGAACCUAUUCAACUCGAGACCGCAGCCGAAGAAGAAGCGGAAAUCGAGGACGGCGUUCACGAACCAUCAGAUAUUCGAGCUGGAGAAGCGGUUCCUGUACCAGAAGUAUCUGUCGCCGGCCGACAGAGACGAGAUCGCCAGCUCGCUGGGGCUGUCGAACGCUCAGGUGAUCACGUGGUUCCAAAACCGAAGGGCGAAGCUGAAGCGAGAUAUGGAAGAACUCAAAAAGGACGUCGAGAGCGCCAAGGUGCUGUCGGCGCACAAGAGUUUCCUCGAGAACGUCACCGACCUGGGCAUCCUCAAGAAGAAGGCGAUGAGUAUAGGCGCCAGCGAGGAGGCCGCCACCAACCUAGUGGUGAACGCGUCCAAAUGAAACGCGGCGGCGCGCUCGCUCGCGCCGGAAGUAUUCGGACGACGAUUCGAUUACUAAGUGACGAUACGAUUAAACUCUAUGAAUCGAUUAAACAUCGAUAGUGACGGACACGAGUGACAUUAGAUGGUUCUAUAUUAUCUCCACUAAUCUAGUUAUAAAUCACUAUUUAAUAUUGUACAUAGAUUAGUAUGAAUUGUAAAAAUUAUAGCUUCGUUCGAAUAAAUGUGAUAGUUUCUAUUUAAGUACUUAAUAGAUUACAUAAAUUAUUUAUUGUCGGUUGUGUCUCCUGGUCUCCGAACGCAUGUUUUAUAAUAAUGUUGUUUUUAAAUAAAUAGCUGAAUGUGCAAUAAUGAGAAAAAUCUCCCCCCAGCCAGCGAUACAGCCGAGUUGUAUAUAUAGAUCCAUGUACCUAUAGUUAUAAUUAUUUUAUUUGGUAGCGUUAUCAUAAAACUAAUUUAAUUUUUAAUUAGUGAGCUGUUACUGAUUCGGUUAAUUAAAUCGAUAUUAAACGAAGUGAUGCAAUAAAUAUUUGUGGGUCAUAAACUUUGUCAGCGAGCGAUCACUUUAUUCUAGAAGUAAAUAAAAACAUUAAAAAUGCUUAUAUGAAAAUCAUUCUACUGUAACAUACAAUUACAGAGAAGAAGCAAGAAAACACACUUGACAUUUAAAUGUUAAUAAUACCUCCUCAUUGUUAAAGCUGAAUACAAUAAAUAGAUGAAACAAUUAAAAAAAAAAAACAUCUGACAUCGGCUGUGUGAAAUCGACAAUCGAACAAUUUUUAAACAUUCAAAAUUACUUUUAACCACUGUUUUAUAUCAGCCGUGAUAACGACUCAUUCACGACAAACAGUUCAUAAACAAAUAAAUUAUUAACAAGUCACGAUACUGUUUUACCGAUAUAUAUAUAAUGACAGUGACAGGACGCGUCAGUUCAGUUGUACGAAAAUUUAAGUAUCAUUACGAAAAAAAUAAUUUAUAACGGUUACAAAGAAAAAAAUUGACGCUACAGCAUAAAGAUUAAAACCUUUUACAUUAUGGUAUUUAUUUAUAGGAUUAUUUCAAAGUUCACACUUUAUACGAAUCUAUUAUACGUUCUGAAAUUACUGUACAUUCUUGUCGCAUCUGAUACUCUUCGGGUCCUUAAGCAUUCAAACUGUUCGUCCGUUCACACACCUAGUGAUCGCUUGUACACAAACAAUCAUCAAAUAUAUCAAAAAUUCAAAACGCGUUUCUAGACGAAUGGUCAUUACACAUGAGAUCUGUGUCCUUGGUAACGAUAGUAACAAAAAAAUCUUUCACCGACACUAAAGAAACAAUUGGUUUUUCAUUAAACGAUAUAUUACCAAGGAUACAAAUCUAAUGUCAUAUAAAUACGUUAAAACUUAAAAACAAUACGGAAGUAUGUCAAAAAAGAAAAAAAAAUAAUAAAAGUUUAUAUAUAUCAUAUGUAAACUUAUACCUGAUAAAGGAAAAAAAAAUACACCGUUUUUUAUCUGUUCUAUACACUAUACAAGGUGUUUAAAUUUUUGACAUUUUGAAUAAUAAAAAAAAAAUGUAUAAAUACGGGAAAGUACAUAGUUAUUAUAAAAUUUUUACUUCGUUGAAUACCAUUAUAUAUUUAUAUAAUAGAAUAUUAAAUUGAUGUAGAUAUUAUCUAAAGUUACGUUCCUACUGUAAAACGAACAGCACUCUCGUGCUUCAAGAUUGUGAAUACUUAAUGCAUGUAAAUAAAUAAAUUUUAUGUGUUCUAAA